CACAAAGCGACGGGUGCGGGGCCAUCUGCCGCUGUCAGGGGAGGGGUUCCAGGCGGCGGCACGUUACCAUGGCAACAGCAGGGAAUUUCGUGGCGUUCUUUGGAGUUUCUCUCGCUUUUUUGGUUCGGACGAGGGGCAGCUGUUAGCGCGGCACCCGGGAAGCAAAUCACGUAAAUAAAUUACUCGAAAUAGAAGUAGCAGCCCCCUCGGGCUGCAGCACCGGAAGAUCGUCCUGAAUUGAAAUGACCACCUUGUGCUGGCAUUGAUCAAGCUAAAUUCGCAUUGAAGUGAUUAGAGCACAAUCUUGGAUGUGAAAGUUAAAUGGGCCCAAUCAGCAGCAUGUCUCCAUUGAAGAAAGGGGAGACCUCGGGCACAGGGGAGCCUUGCAGCUUGAAUUCAAACUGUCCAGCAGAUGUUCUUCCAGAGGUGACGGGUGGUUCCAGGCCCAGAACUAUUUUUGCAGAGAAAGGAAUGACAGAUGAUGAGGAGCUUACAAACCUGAACUGGCUUCAUGAAAAUAAAAACCUCCUCAAAAACCUUAGUCUUGGCAGUGAGAUGCUACGUAGUGUUAGUCCUACUCGUGAUGUUACUGAGGAAGACACUUCACCUUUGCCACUCUCUGAUUCACAUAACAAUGAGAAGGGUGGAUUGAACUCCAAGCCUCCCUAUUCAUUUAGCUGCCUUAUUUUUAUGGCGAUUGAUCACUCGGCCAGAAAAUGUCUGCCAGUCAAGGAUAUCUACAAUUGGAUAUUGGAACGUUUUCCUUAUUUUACCAAUGCACCCACUGGCUGGAAGAACUCUGUAAGGCACAAUCUUUCCUUGAACAAAUGUUUCCGGAAAGUGGAAAAGGGUCAUGGCAAGACUGUUGGGAAAGGCUCACUGUGGUGUGUAGACCCGCAGUACAGGCCCAACCUCAUCCAGGCUCUAAUGAAGACUCCAUAUUAUUCAACAAUGCAAAUCUUCUGCACACCACCAGCCUCUCCUCCAAGUGCAUCACCACCUCCUCACCACCUCACAUCAACGUCGCCACAGCUCCGAGACAGCCUACAGAAAAGUUCUGAUAUUGAUGCUGCCACUGCUAUGAUGUUGCUGAAUUCUUCUCCAGAACAAAGACUUCCUCAGUGUAAUUCAUCCCAGCAACACAGUCCAGUGCUAAGCAGAAAACGUAGUCACAAACGUGCAUUUUCAAAGCAUGCCCCAAUCACAGUGAAAAUGCCCGAAACCACAAUCAGAACAAGAGAGAAUGUGGAAGCUUCUCCAUUACAGAAAGGUAGCAAAGGUCUAUCUGGCUUUCCUGUCAUCAACAGUAAUCCAAAGGAAGAUCACAAUUACAGUGCAAAUGGAACAAUAUCUCUUCGCAGUGAAUCAAGGUCUAGUGUCUCAUCCUUCUCCUCGGUGGAAGAAGUCUACGAAUUUAUUCCAAAAGCUAGCCGUCAGGGAAGUGAUGGAAGUGAGGGUUUCCAUAGCGAUGAAGAGUCUGAAGGGGAUGACCUGUUAGGUGCCAGUGCCUCUAAUGUGUUGCAAUCAGCUGGGAAUAACUGCAGGGCAAUGCAACAUGAAGUUGAUGAAGAACUGAAGGAAGCUGCUGGUUCACUUUUGCAUCUUGCUGGAUUCUUUAGUCAGUGAACCAAGAAAAAAUGAACAAGAAACUGUGCAAAAUAGCCGGUCUCCUUUUCUUAUCUCCCAUUGUGUGUCAAUGUGGCAAUAUUCUUCAAAGGGAUCCUUCUCAAAAGGACCAUAAAAGCCAUACAAAGACAGAGGUGCUUGUCCUUCUGCAUAAACUGCCAUAUGUUUGCUCCUAUUCUGAAAACGAGCAGCUCUUUUUGGAUUUGUAUCAAUGCUUUAAAUAUGAACAUCUUAAAGAUCUAUUGAUUUCUACAAGUCCACAACACAUGCAAUUGAUCAGUCUACACACAUCAAAGUAGGUGUUCAAAUUUUCAUUGGUUAACAUAACUAGGUGCAAAUUAAGAAUUUUUUAGGAAAAAAUGAAUAUGGUUGAAGAGGGGUGGUGGGGCUUUGCAAUAUUUUAGACAUCUUGGAAAUUGUAAACAGUAUUUUCCCAAACUAACAUGUUGGUAAAGAUACUUAAAAGUUAACCAUCUCUCACAUGUUUUCCUUUUUACAAAUAUGCUUAUUUUGGUUCCCAGUGAACACUGAAUUGCUGCCAGUGGCACAUCACUAGAUUCAAGAAGAAUUACAUAAACCUUUCUAAGGUGCUGGUUUCUCUGACACAAGCAGCCAUCAUUAAUCACCAUUCUUCGUGCUUAGGUUAACUCAAUUAGCCAUGUGGCUGUGUGGGAUAUCAUAGCAAGGUUUAGUUCUUAUCAAUAGACACAUUAUCAUACACGUUUUCUAUCAUGCAAUGCUGUAUGUGUUGGAAGGCGGUUAAAUAUUUCCUCUGUACAGCAUUUAUGAUAUUUAUUAUGGCUGCUGCCCAGGCUGCAAUUGGAUAAAUUAAUGAAGAUUGUGAUGUUGCUGCACUUUACAAUGGAACAAAGUUGAGAUUGCUAUGCAGUUUAUUAUAAUUCUUUUUAGAAAAUAUUAUGACGUAGUCAUGCUUCCAUGAUCUUUUUGGACUAUGUUGGCUAUUUGCAGAAACUAUUAAUGGGAGAAGAUUGGCUUUAUGUUUUCAAUUGUUCAAACACAAAUCUCAGUUGGAUUUGUUAAACUGAUGCACACCUGGGAGCCAUAUGAUAGCACAACCCUGUAAGCGACUCUAUCAAAAGACAUUACUGUAUCGGUCACAUCAAAGAGGGUUAGAUUACCUUUAUGUAGUAAGCAAGCAAUACCUCUUGCUGUGCAAGUUAGAAUUAAAAUCAGCAUGCAAUGCAAAAGUAACAUACUACCAAUUUUUAACCUAAGGAAAAAAAAAAUUAGAAAAUUGAUGUACAUGCUAUUGAAUCCUAAAAUUCUAAUGCUUAUGGUAAAGAUUCAUGAUGUCACAUAAAUCUACUGACCAGAAGGGGGCCUUGUAAUUCAUUCAAAUGUGCUUGUUAAUUUUUCUUCUUUAAUUAAUGUUCUUCGUUUGAAAAUGUUAUUUAUGUUUUGCACCAUAACAGACACAGAGUUGGUCAACUGUAAGAUAUUAGCCUUUACUGAUCCCUGAAAUAGUGUGAAAUAAGUAGAACAACCAGAGAUUUUCUUCUUCACUGCGCCAGGAAACUGCAAACACAAAAUCAAUUUGCUACAAUGCAUUUGUACUAUGUUGGGACUGUACUAUUUUGUGCAAAUUUUAACUUGUCCUCUAUUUGGAUUGUUGAUCAUGUCUCAACAUAUGCAAUACUCUUCGGAUACGGUGUUAUAUUGUCUGAGCUUUUUUUAAUGUGCACAAUAUUCAAUAAGCCCUACUAAAUGAACUUUUUUUUGUGGUUGUAUGUUAUUGGGAGAUUGAGAUUGUUGUAGGAGGAACAGCAGGCAGAUUACUAAUUCACCUUGCCUGGGAGCACAUUUUGGAGCGUAUAUUAUGAUUUUUAUUGUGCUCCAUUCUUGUGAGAGUUUUACAGCGUUACGCUGAUAAUGUGCUACAGCUGAAGCAGGAUCAAGAAAAAUAUAACAAUGUAAAUCCAACCUUUUUUGAUAUUCUUAAUUGUCAUGGGCAGUACUAAAUCCAAGGAUAAGGGUUUUAAUUUUACCUAGUGCCUAUCGGAGGGAAAUGGUGGGAGGGAGGGGGAAGGAAGGGAAAUAUCAAAUUGUAGCCUGCUUCAUCACCACCACGUGCCAUUAGAAUCUGACUAGCAUUUCUACAGCAUAAUUCCAUAAUACCCCAAUUUGUUGUGUUGCUCACUGAAGCAGAUGAAGGCCUCGUAAGCUAAUGCUAACCUAUAUUAACUUUAGUUUGAUGGAAAUGUACUGCAACUCUCUAAUCUUGUGAUUCAGAUCGAUAGCUGUCAGGUGGAUCAAGAGACCUUCCAAGAUAAGUCAUAGUUGUUCUUUUAUGAUAUAAAGAGGAGUGAGAGAUAUUCUUUGGAACAUCUGGGCUUUGUUGCCCUGUACUCCACUUACCAAUUUUCCCAGAACCUAUUUGCUAUGAUUUGUUUUUUGCUGACAAGCCAACCUUUGCUGCCAGACACUGGCAUUUUGCCGAAUUAAGUUUCAUUGUAUCUGCCAAGUAGUUUGUACUUUUGCCCAUUUCAGUACUUUUGCCCUUAACGGAAGAGGCACAUGUUUUAAAUAAAAAUUGGGCAUGUGAAUGUAUUUUGCAGUUUCCCCUGAAAAUUGAAUGGGAAUUAAAAUCAAUCUUAAAGUAACAUUGUAGAUCCACAUUAUAGAAUUGGUCUGGUUAGACAUACAAGUUAAUAUUUUAAAAAGAGAAUAUAAAAUGGCAGAAGCGUUCAACAAAUCAGAGAUCAUCUGAAGGCCAGGGUCACGAAGCAAAAAAUUAAAACUACCACUCUACAAAUGCUCACCAACCUGUUGAAUAUUUCUAUAAUUUUCUGGUUUAUUUUAGAUUUAAAAAAAUCUAGAUGCUGGAAUUCUAAUUAGUUAACAUUUCAAACCACUGAUCUUCCAUCAGCACUUUGUAUUUCAAAUUUUCAACCUACACACAAUUUUUAUGUCCCCUUACUUGAUGAGUUUGUUGCCAUUGGUUAACUUUUUUGUUAUCCACUAAUAUUGUUAAGCUGACACAUCAGGUCUCUCUUAGGAAGAAUUGCAUUCGAACUGAUGUACAUGGAAAGCUUUUCCAAAAUUGUAGCAUUAAAUUUUUGAUUUUUGGACGUUGGUGAAUUAAAUGUGUACUUAACAGUCUACUGUUUUGUGUAAAUAUAGAAUACUGUCCUGUGGGGACCAUUUAUUUUCAAGUUUAUUUUUCCAUAUUUUCUGACCCUGUAUAUUUUGGAUAUCAGAAGAUUUUUAUUUUUGGAGAUGUUGUAAUGGGGAUAGUAUGAAUAUGAUUUUUUAAAAGUUUCUUUGUUAAAAAGAGCACAGGCCAACUGCCACAAAAAAUCACCUUUCCUUUGGUCUUGUAGCAAUAUGUGAUUUUUAGAACGUUUACCAUGCUAUUUCCAAAUACUGAAGAAUAAUAACUUCCUAAUGUUCUUUUUUAAAAAAAGAUGUUCAAUAUUAUUUUUCCCUCGUGUGGUUCUGUCCUGAAGGAGGUUAAGCGUCUGAAAUCUAUAAGAUCAGUUAAAGGAUAGUUCAUAGGCAGUGAAAAUGGUGGGUUUUUUUCAUAUUGCAUUGUAUGUACAUUUGCACCAUGUAUUCAAGGUGUUCAUAAGAGACAGAUCUUAUGGUAAACUGGCAUAUCUUAAUUGUUAAAUUUUCAUAAAGAAAUCCCCAGGGAGACAAAUUGUAUGUUAUACAAAAUAAUCUUUGGUUAGUAGAGCUAAGCAUAGGCAAGAAUAUCAGCUUCAGGCUACAUCCUCCCCUGCAUAUUCAGUUCCUUUUAUGGAGUACAGCUAAUUACUGAUAUUCUUUCAUGUGUUUAGUACUGUGACCAAAUACUAUUUGUUUGUUUUUCCUCUACAGAUAAUACUGAAGGAAAUGUCCAGCUUACUAUUUGAUAAUAUUGUCCAGGGACAAAUUUUGUGACUUUAACAUCUGCUGGACUGCUUGAUUUUCAUUUCCAUAUUUUUCCUGUCAAGUUGAGGUUUCCAGCAACUUUGGCUAUAGUUCAGAGGCCAAGUACCCUGAGAGCUUUUAUGUCCCAUUUGAUGGGAAGAAGGAGAGGAGAGCAUUUUUAAUUUUAGUUUUAAACUAGUUGGCAGCAUAGACUUAAAACAUUCUCCCCUGAUCACGCUGAUUGAAUAAGGCCUAUGCAAAUACACAGGCUGAGAAGUUAUGUAAGCAUAUAGCUACAAAAUGUAUUAAUUUAUUUUCUUAUAACAUUGUAAUAUAUGUCACAAUUUCUUUCUAGUUUUUAUGUGAACAUGUUCAAUGAAAUAAUUUGCUAAAUUCUUCACUACCCCAUCAUCCUAAAAUAUCCAUUAACAAGAAACAUUAAAGUUUGAAAGAUUAUGUUCACAUUUUCCCAUUCCUUUUGUGUAUGGGUCAAUUAUCCCUUUAAAAGGAAAAUAGUGAAUUAUUAUCUAUCUAAAAUUAUUUUCCUAAUACAUAGUAACUGCGUUUUUCCAUGCUCCUAGUGUAAUUAAAAUAACAUUUUGGAUACUCGACAGGUCAGGCAGCAUCGGUGGAGAUGGAGUUUUAGUUUCAAUAAUCUUUCAAUAGAACUAGGUAACAAUUUUCUUAAAGCCACAUUUGGCUCUGUACUCCAGACAACACCAGCAAAUCUUACUAAUCAAUGUUCCCCUCUUUCUCGGCUGUUGUACAAAUAGACAGUAGAUGUGCUCCAUUUCUUACUGCACCGUCCUUUGGUGAAUGCCUCCUUGCCAAAGUUUGAGAAGUAUAUAUUUUUAUUUUCCUUUGGCCCUUUUAUAGAAUGUACAUUGUGUUCUUGAAGGGGUGGACUUUCUCACUAAAAAUCUCGAAUACAUUUGGUUGCCAAGUUUGGGCUAUGCUGAAAUUGAAUCAAUUAACAGAAUACAAAUUUUCACCAUGCAGAUAUUUGGUGGGGUACCUAUUUACAGUUUGCCAGCCAAGAAACAACUAUGUAUAUAAUUGCUAUUGGAUACCUAAAUGUGGCUUCAUUUUUUUUAACAUCAUAACUUUUCCCCCUACAGCAUUCUUCAAUGUACAUUAGUUAUUCGGAGCUAUAAAAUACUGUUCAUAAACAAAACAUUGCCAUGAAAAAAUGAUAAAAAUGGCUGCCACAACAAAUAAAAUGGCUGUCAGUUCAACAACAUUAAAGAUGAUGUUUGUUUACGUGCCUUUGUUACCUGCAGAACAAUUUGAAAUCUUCUAAAUGAGCUAUUUAUCAAUUAAAAACUAUUAUUUG